GGCGGCGACAGCGGCAGCGGCGGCGGCGGCGGCGGCGACGACGACGACGCUGGUGGCACGAGAGCCUCGAGUGCGUGGAACGCGUGCUCGCUUCGUUGUUAUCGCCACUGCUGCUCUCAUUGCCACGCGUGUUGGCGUUCGGUGUCUCCACCUGCGUGCCGGUUCUCGUCGCGUUCGCUCACCACGGCCACCAGCCACCGUGUGUGCUGGCCGUUCGCUUCGCCUCGAAGAUGCUGGUCGAUCGAGAUCGUCGUCGAGAUCAGCGCCGAGAUCGCCGGGAUCCCCGAGAAGGUGGCCGCCUGCUCCAGGGGGACUUCUAAGGGCCCCGCCGACCCGGGCCGCUCGGACAGCUGUCAUCUGGCUAUCGGCUCCGGGAUAUCUACGAGCGGGGCUGACACCAAUCACGAGUCGUCUCCAAUCAUUGCAACAACAGCAGGAGAUCGUCUCGAUUAUCCGCGGGGAGAGCAACUCGCCAAACAGCAACAGCAACAGCAACCAAUCUUCGUUUACGCGCAAAUUCGUUCGUUGCUCGAUCCGCCCGAAUUCACGGGACCAUCCACGUCGUGCGAUCGGAACAACGACGGGAACUGCAGUUCCCCUCCGCGUCCACCAACGAUCGAAGCGAUCGUCGCCGCGGCAAUCUCUCGCUUCCGUAUCCCGGUAGCCACGGCGGUCCCCUGCUGCUCGUCGUUCGUCGUUCGUCGUUCGGAGAUCCUCGCCGCAGCUGUCGACGCGCGCGACGACGACGAAGUUGAAGAAAACGGUCGUCGACGAUCCGAAGCCAGAAACGCCACUGCCUUUCGUGUCACUUGCGACUCGGUUUGCCGCAGCAUCGGAGUGCGCCCGCGCAUUCCGACGCUCGCCGAUAUUUUGCAGAAAAAGAGCGGCGAUUGUCGUGCACCGCAGCGAGGGAACGACCUCGAGGGCGAAGGGUGGAGGAAUGCCGAUACCACCGAUGUUGAUGCCGAUCGCUGCGACAACAACAACGACGACCACGUCAAGAAUUUUAAUUUAUCGACGUCCCAAGAGUCAAGGUCAUGGCCUCAAGGUCAGGACAUCGGGAGCAAGAAGCCGAGAACGAGAUGGAAGGACGACGGUGAUCGGGAUCGCGCGAUCAUCGACAGCCUGGCUCAUCUCUCCGGAACUCGUGCCGCGUGUGUCACGAACGUUCCUUCGAUCGAUGUAUCUCCUUACUACACUGCCUACAACGACGAGAACGACGAUGACGAGAGCUGCUACCGCGUUAUCGGCCAGUCAUCCCACGCGAUCGGGAACGUUCGUUCUGCUGGACGCGAGCAGGAGCUGGACUUUCGUCGGGACGACGACGUUGGCAAUCGCCGCGGGGAGGAGUACGACGACGACGACGACGACGACGACGACGACGACGAACUCGAACUGGCGGACGACCGCGGCACUCGUGAACGAAGAUUCGAAAAAUUUCGCAGGGACGCGGGGAACGGCGGAGAACGCGAGAGCCACUACACUGCCCGCUGCUGCGGACGAAAGUACGGAUUAUUGUUCGUGUUGUAUCUACUGGCUUGGCCGUUGGUAUGCUCGACGAAUCCCUCCGGACAGUUCAUCUCUGGUUUUACCCGCAAUCCAUCCCUCGGCCCCGUUGAGAACGUUGCGCGGCACAACGCCACCCAGAUCUCCUCCCUGUUGGUAUCGUCGAGUAUCAGCCAUCAACGUCAACAGCAGUACCAGCAAUACCAGCAGAAGCAGCAGCAACAGCAACAACAUUAUCGGCAACUGGAGGAGGAGCACGAAGCGCGGGAACAGUUGAUCCGGGACAACGGGCACCAUCGUCGCCGUCACGAAGAACAACAACAACAACAACAACAACAACAACAACAGGAAGAACAAAGUCGCGAGCAACGAGAGGUGGAGGAGAGGAGGUGGUCGUCGUCGUAUCGAGACGAUCGCGGCAAAACGAUCGUUCUCGAGUCCGAGUCGAUGCAUCCUUACAACGAAUACAGCUGGAAGGUGAAUCAGAUAAACCCUUGGUUGUCGGCCUGUGACCUGGCGGGCCCAGCCCCGGCCGAUCUUCAGGGUACAUGCGACCCACCGGAGGUGCCGAAAACCUGUCCGGUCGCGUGCGCGGUCGCCGACGAGUUCGUCGAUGUGAUGGAGAAGGUCAAGGUUGCCGGAAGGAAUUGCUAUUGGUCGACGACGACCGGCGGGAAGAAGGGUACGACGGCGACGACGGCUACGGCUACAUCCACGUCGACGACGACGACGGCGACCGCGUCGAUGGUGGCGGCGGCAGCGGUCGCCGCGGUCGCCGCGGAAUCGGGACGAUUCGGCUCGAGUUCGAUCAGGUCGUCGGGGGCGGACGGAGGAGGAGGAGGAGGAGGAGGCGGGUUCGCGAGUGAAAAAACCAGAGGGACCGAUCGGGAGAAAGCAGCCGGUCGAGAUGGCGUACCGACGGCUCCGGAACAGUGCCUUUUUUAUCUCGAGGAGUCGCAUAAGAGGGACAUCUGUCGGGAUGAUUUUGGCCGGAGCAGUACGCGAAGUUUUUUAACCCCGAGGGAGAAUCGAUAUUGGUUCAUGAGCGGGUUGCGUCUGCGGCACUGCUGCGACCACGCGGUGGUCAACGCCCUGGCACCUGGCAAGGGCGGUCCGCUCGAGAACGUGCUGAACGGCGGCGAGAAGUGCGUCGAUGCCCUGGACAAGCUGUUGCACGUCGACACGUUAGCCGCGAGGUUGCACUGUGAGUUCGAGGAAGUGCUCGCGCGAUACGACUGUGCACAGCCCUAUUCGGUCAUCUUCAACUGCACCCACUGC